ACACACACACACACACGUCUCCUCACUCCUCCUCCUCCAGUCAGCUCCUUCCUUCACUUUUUCCCCUUGCUUCGUCCCACUGAGGGAAAAUGGAACGUCUGAGCAGGACCAUGUCCUCUUUAGGGUUUUUUCUGUUGCUGGUCUUUGGAUGGACACAUAGCCAGAAGACUAACCAUACCAGGCCGGUGUUUAAAUGUGGAGGGACUCUGACUGGAGACUCGGGCUUCGUGGGCAGUGAGGACUUUCCUACAUACUACAAACCAAACAGCAAGUGCACUUGGUACAUCACUGUCCCAGAAGGCAAUGUAGUCACGCUCUCCUUCAGGAUUUUUGACCUCGAGGCCGACACUCUGUGCCGAUAUGAUUUUGUGGACAUAUAUAACGGUCAUUCAAACACGGCAGAGAAGUUGGGUCGCUUUUGCGGGACGUUUCGACCUGGCACCAUCAUCUCCACCUCCAACACUAUGAUGCUGCAAAUGGAGUCAGAUUCAGGAACCGGAGGGCGUGGCUUCCUCGCCCAAUUUAUUGGAGCAAAACCACACCUGAAUGAGCAACAGUUCUGUGGUGGAAAGAUGACAAAACCACAAGGCAGCAUCAAAACGCCCAACUGGCCCGAGAAAAAUUACCCACCAGGCAUCAGUUGCUCAUGGCUCAUCACUGUGGAUCCAGAUAAGGUUAUUGAAGUGAAGUUCAAUAAGUUCGAUGUGGAGCGUGACGUGUAUUGCCGCUUCGAUUAUGUGGUGUUUUAUAACGGGGGAGAUAGGGACGACUCCAGACGCAUCGGAAAAUACUGUGGUGACAAGGCACCCGAGCCCUUCGUGACCAACAGUAAUGUUCUCCUGGUCCAGUUCGUGUCUGACCAGAGUGUCACCUCUGACGGCUUCCUUGCCACGUAUUUCAGUGUCCCAAGUGGACAUACUAUCCAGCCAGGAUCCCAUGUGCACUCAUUACCCACAGUCCCACAACUCGCCCCGUCCCCGUCCCCCAAACCCGUCACCACGACAACUACGACUACUACCACAGCUGCACACAAACGCCAACCAGUCAAUCCCAACCAUCCGGCCAAACCUCCGAAUCGCAGACCAGAAUCAGGACGAAACCCUCUGUGCCCUCAAAAGUGUAAGCGAGCUGGCAGCAUAAAGAUGAGUUUCUGCAGCAGUCAGUUUGUGAUCACGGGGACCAUAACGGCGUCCUCUUUGGCUUCUCAGGGCCGCCUGGUGGCCACCGUCUCCAUCAUUAAGGCUUAUAAAGAUGGAGGACUGACCAUCAGUCAAGUUGGAAAGACGAUGACUGUUAAAAUGGUGCUCAACUGCAGGACAUGUCCAGUAAUACGCAGAGGCCAAAACUACAUUCUGAUGGGUCAGGUGGAUGAAGACGGGCAUGGCAUUCUCCCUGCAGGAAGUUUCACGGCCCUGUACAAACCGUCACAUCACAAAAUCCUCACCGGCCUCAACAAUCGGCCGUGCGAAUCUCCGAGGCGAAACAUAUAACAGCAAGAAAACAGAACAGGCCAAAAAAAAGCCAAACCCACAAACAAACAUGUGACAAUCAAACAUGAACGAAUUGGUAGAAAAGAUUCCAUAAAAAAGCAACAAUCAGGCAUAAAAGUAGUGUCAGUGUGUUAGUCGCCAUUAUUCUGUGUUCAAUAGCACAGGAUUUUAUCUCUCAGCCUGUGUGUUUUGGCAAAGUUUAGUUUUGUAUUAUUGUGUUUUUCACCCCUUUAAGGCCUUCACAUACAAUUAUAAGGAGCAAGAACUCGUAUUUAAAAAAAAUAUAACAUUUGGUUUGCUAUUUUCAAAUUGUGUUUAAUGUAAAUGUUAGCGAAUUAGUGCACUAGCUAGUUAGCUAACGUGUAAGCAAGCCGACAGCAUGCAAACUUUUCAUAAACACUUCUUAGUGACUAGGAGAAGUGGACAAGAGCACAUUAAAAACAGUACUGUAAGACAGGAAGGGUCUGCGAUCUUACUUCCAAUUUGGAGCAGCUGCACACACUAAACCAAAACGAUUUCACGGCAACAUAUAGAGGAACAUGCCACCUUAUUGACGUUAUAUACUUGAAGAUGUCAUACAGUGUAUUCGUAAUUUAUGAUGUCAUCAAAUAAAGGUUUAUCACAUCA